CCGGAAGUGAGGCCGGGGUCUCCCGCGCGCUGCAGUUCUCGUUUGUCGCGGCCUCCCUGAACCUUCGAGUUGUACCUCCACGGGGCUAGAGGGGCUGGGGAGCGCAUCCCGCCCCCGCCCCCACCCACGCCGCCUCCCCCACCGCCGCCGCUGCCGCUCCCCACACACUCGGAAUCCCUGGCCUCGCUCCCGGAGGCGGGGGCGCUGUGGGCUCGCGCGCGCAGGCCCCCGGCGCGUUCCAAUCCGCGCGCCUGCCGGGCCGGGCCUCGUCGGCGCGUGCCAAUUUCCGUAUCCGGCUCCUGGCGCUUCCGGUCCUAGCUGGGCACAUCUAGGAGGUAGGUGCGCGAGCGUGUGGGGACGGCCGAAGUGGUGCGGACGGCCGAAGUGUGCCGUCCCCCGCGUCGGUUUCUUCUCUGUUGAUAUGUGGUGUCAAAGGUCCUUUCUUGGGAGAAGGACUUGGGUGAGAUGCAUGUGGCGAUUUCCCCCACCUGGAGAUCAGGGACAGGGGUUCCUGGAACCCGCGCUGGGGAUGCCUGGGUAAGCCAGAGGUCGUCUGUGGCAUACCCCACACUGCCUUCGAGCAUACUUAGACGUUCUCUCCCUGGACAGAUGAGAUAGCUCACCUAUUCGGGCGUUCUAGAUCACAGAGUUUCAGCUGGUUGGCCCUGCAACCCCCUCAGUUUGCGGUUGAGACAGAUAUUGAGAAGGGAAAUGGCCUUCCUGUACAGCUGCUGAAUUGUGGGGCUGUCCUAGAACCCAGGCUUCCUGGCUGAGAAGAAGUGCUCCUUCCAUCAUUUCACAUUAUCUGAGAGGUUACUCUGAUGUCUUUCUCUCUCUUAAGUCCUAGGGAGAUGGGUCUUAUCUUACGGGUUCCCAAGCCUAUGGGUUCCCAUUAUCAGUAUCACCUUCUUCCCCAGGGUAUACUGCAGACCUCCAGAUGUUGGUCUGUGGGAUUCGGCAGAGGAUGAGUUUUCUAUCCUCCUCUCAACUGUAAGCUACUCUUCCCAACUGUUCUCCCGCUGUCCACUGUCAUCAUGUCUACCUUACUCCUCAAUCUGGAUUUUGGUGAACCUCCCCCAAAAAAGGCAUUAGAGGGGAAUGCCAAGCACCGAAAAUUUGUCAAGAAGCGCCGGCUCUUGGAACGGAAGGGCUUUUUGAAUAAGAAACAGCAGCCCCCUAGCAAGGUGGCUAAGUUGCAAUCAGAAUCGUCAAAGAAAGGGAAAUCUCCCAAGGUAGAUGGCGCUUGGAAGGCCCCUCUUCUUUCAAAAAAGAAGACAGCUGCCUCCAGCGGUGGGUCAGGGCAGUCUCUGGACAAGCCAUCUGCAGUGCCUUGGCUGACCCCUGCCCCUUCACAGAAGGCUGGUUCUGUUGUGGCCAAAGUAGACUUACUGGGGGAGUUCCAGAGUGCCCUACCAAAGAUUAAGAGCCACCCAACUCGCCCCCGGAAGAAGGGCUCCCAGAAGAAUGCCCCACAGAAUUCCACCCAAGCUCAUUCCGAGAAGAAAUAUUCUGGAGCAUCCCAGAAGGGUCCGAGCAAGAUGGUGGCAAUUGACUGUGAGAUGGUGGGCACAGGACCCAAAGGGCAUGUCAGUUCCUUGGCUCGGUGUAGUAUUGUCAACUACAAUGGAGAUGUGCUUUAUGACGAGUACAUCCUUCCCCCCUGCCACAUUGUGGACUACCGGACCAGGUGGAGUGGUAUUCGGAAGCAGCAUAUGGUGAAUGCCACACCCUUCAAGAUUGCUCGAAGCCAGAUCUUGAAGAUUCUCACAGGGAAGAUUGUGGUGGGGCAUGCCAUCCACAACGACUUCAAAGCCCUUCAAUACUUUCACCCCAAGUCCCUCACCCGAGACACCUCCCACAUUCCCCUCCUCAACCGGAAGGCCGACUGCCCAGAGAAUGCCACCAUGUCUCUGAAGCGUCUCACCAAGAAGCUGCUGGACCGGGACAUCCAGGUCGGGAAAAGCGGACAUUCCUCUGUGGAAGAUGCUCAGGCCACCAUGGAGCUGUACAAGUUGGUUGAAGUGGAGUGGGAACAGCACCUGAUCCAGAACCCCCCCAAAGACUAAUGGUCGUGGGGAUGCUGGAGAUGUGGGGUGGCAGAGGCAGCAGUGCACCAGGAGGACGGGGCAGUGGACCCAUGAACAGCUCUACCAGCUCCACGCCUUUGGAAGCUAGAGUUAUUGGGGAGCGUGAGGCUCCACCCCAGACUUAAUAUCCAUUGAAGUUUCACCUCAGGUGUUGUGUUCUGUGUGUCCUGGUUAAGUGUCCCAUGGAAGGAGGAAGUCUCCACGUCAGAACCCAGCCCUAGGCUGUUUACCUCUAAAGUGGUGCUAACUGUGGGGCCCAGGGUGCUUUGCUCCUGGGAAAGCCUUUUGACUCUCAAGGGGCAGGGCGUACUGGGAAAUGUAGUUUCCCAAACUGCCUUAUCACUAGGGCGGCCAUAUGUUCCAUUUUUUUAUGCCUUUUGUUUUCAAAAACAGCUCCCUCUUUCCCUCUCAGAAGUAUCCUGUUGGAUGAUAGAUAACGUACAUGAUCCCAUGACAUCUCUCAGACUCUGCUUUUGGCUCAGAGUCUACAUCUAGUCUGUGUUGGGAUAUCACCUGUUCUUCACCUUGACUUCCAGAGGCGCCAUCCCUGGUGAGGGUUUGUUCUCAGGGCCCCAGGGCAGUAGAGACAAGAGAGUGUGACUUGGAAAUCCAUUUUUCUGAUUUAGGAAAGCAGUCUCUUUCCUAAAGUGAUAGAGGAUUUAUUUAAUUUAGAUCCCAUUUGGUAGCCUACAAAAGAAUGUACGGUGUUUUAAUGGUUUUUAGUCUUCUACUUUGCUAAACCAAGCCUCUAAAUCUCAAAUUAUUCCCCUGAUAAAUUUUUAUAAAGGAAAAA